ACGUACAUACUCGAGAUACUGUCCCUGGACCCAAGGCAGCCGAUAAGCCAUCAUAUCAAAGAUAGGUAAUGCGGACUAGCAGUGGCGCCUUAUGAGCUUCUAGAUCUCCAUCUUCCGCUUCCCGGAACAAGUCCCGUGUCACCCAUGCUUGGGGCUAUGGAGCGGCUCAACUAGGGUCCGCAGAUCGUGUAGAUAACACUGCUUAAUUGCCUAUCAGAGAUCGACUUAGCUGUCUAGAGCAUAGAAAGCCCCUUGACCUGAUCCCUUACGCGCCUUGGCGGGCCACUAGGGCCCAUCAAAGUGCGAGAUCCCGAGCAUACACCGAUGGUUUCGGGCCCGUUGCCGUCUCCGAUCCGCGCCCGGGUCCGCUGCUGACGUUCAGCUCGAGCUUUUAUUAUAUGAGAUACAGGCGGUUAGAACAUUCGAUGUCCGCAUCAUGUAUGAAACUCCAGCUUUCCUCUCAUCACCGGAUUUCAUCAAAAUGUCUAAAGAAUUAGUUCCUCUUACUGUCAUCAAGGGCGCUGGCCAUGAGUACAUUCAGCUGCCCGAGGGCAAGAACGCCCUGACAGCUGACUUUCACUCCAUCCGAACCCAGACUACAGACUCCCCUACCUACCUCACUUCUGGGUUCUACAAGAUAGUUGCUGGGCCAUCUCUCCCAUUGCAUUAUACGUGUGAGGAGACGAAAUAUGUCCUCAGCGGCCAGAUAGAUGUCCUUGAUGAGGCCACUGGUAUUCAACACCAUCUAGUGCCUGGAGACUUUGCCUUCUUUUACGUUGGGUCCAAGGUUCAGUUCUCGACCAAGAACGAAGGGGUCGCCUUUUACGCUGUUACACGACCUGUUAAGGGAGAGCACAUUAACCUUAAGGGGCGGGAGGAGUCGAAAUCGAAAUCCAAAUUGUAAAAUACCAACUAUAAUGCGAGCGAAUAAUUCAUAAAUUCUGUACCAAUAUCACGAAUAUCUUACAUUUGGCUACGUAUAUCACGAUUUCGCCGCUUACGUCACUUGAUACGUCACUCGGUUCUCCAUUCAGGGUGCAAUCUUGUCACGGAAUAGUGUCCACGUGGUGAUAUAGCAUUAUUGAUGGGAUCACUUAUUAACUGAAGACCUUCAGGGUCAGGCGUAUAGGUUACAACUUGAACUUAGAUCAUCUGAAUACAGUGUCAAAGCUCUCCGUUUCCCGUAACCAUCAAGAAGCACCCAAGGCUAUGUAUGUUAAGGUCAGGACGAG